AUGAAGGUGUUGACCAUUACAGCUGCCAUUCUUUCUUCUGUUGUCCUGGCAGGCCCAGGUGUCAUAGCAGAAACAUUGAAGUAUAAUCGCGACUAUGACUACGCUCAAAAUACUGCACUUACCUUAUUUUCCUGCUCAGACGGUGCCAAUGGUCUUAUGACAAGAUACGGGGUAAACAACCUCCAACAACUGCGGAACAAGUUACAAGCAAAUACAUAUGUCGGCGCGUCGCCUGCUGUGACAAAGUGGAAUGAUCCAAACUGCGGGAGAUGCUUUAGAGCAACGAACCCCAGCAAUAAUAAGGCAUUGAACUUUGUGGUUAUCGAAGGAAACUCUGGUGUUGUGACUGGUGAAGAGGGAUUUCGUCUUCUGUCCCCCUCUGGAACCACUUCGGAGGGUACACUUACUGUGAACAUCGCAGAGCUGUCAUCUCAGAGUUGCUGGAAAUGA